AUGAAGGUCGCUGUCUUUGCCUCCAUCGUCUUCCUCGGCCGUCUCGGCCUUGCCCUUCCUCCUCCCCAGCCUGUCGUCAUCGAACCCAUCGACGCCGCGUCAAUCGCCGUCGAGCCUAUUGAUCCUGACAGUGGCUUCCCCGGCUGCUGCGUCCCAAGCAUGUGUCGCUGCCUCGACGGCAAAUACUACCUCUUCAACAAGGAGAACAAGCAGGGCGGUGGAACCGGCUGCAAUCCUCCCUGGGGAUUCCUAGGCGAUACAGUCGGCGCCAUCCCCGGAUACUGCUGUUAA